AUGCACAAGGACAUGUAUACCGCAUUCGCCGCAUCCGACGUCGAGACACUUCGCCGGAUAUGCGCUGAAGGCCUCCUCGGCUCCCUGCGUGCCCGUAUCUCACACCGCGCGCCUAACGAGCGCUUCAACUGGACGUUACAUCAGAUGAUUGGCAAACCUCGGGUCGUGUCGAAUCGAGCGGCCGUGCUACCCUUUGGGAAGGAGACAGCAUUACGACAGGUCGUGGUGAAGAUACGGAGUCGGCAGAGCUUAGGCCGCAAAGUUGUGCAGCCAGGCGCAAAAGGGAAGAACGUACCAAGUGCGGCUGCAAGAAACACGUCAAGAAAUUCGAAGAGCAGCAACCGUGAAGACAGCAGUCAGCUUAGCUCGAUGAGUCAAGAGGAUUUGGUCACCUCAUCACAUCCUGGAGAAGAGAAGGAAGUCACGGAAUACGUGGUCAUACAGCGGAGGAUGUGGAAUGGAAAGGAGGAGCCGUGGAUACUGUGGGGCCUGACGGAGGAGACGCCUCUGGAGGCCGCGGUGGACACUAAGGCCACUUGA